UAGGAGGUCACGGGGAAGCUCUUCCGGGUCAGGAGAACACCCGCAGCAGCAGCCGUUGUUAGUAGCUCGAGCCAUGGCGGCCGUGCGCAGCUUACAGGUGUCGGUUAAAUCAGACAGCGGCUCCGACCACUCCGACUCGGACUCGGACUCUGAGUCGGACCGAGAUGCCCGCGAGGCCGAGCCGAUGGAGGUGGAGGAAGGAGAGCUGGAUGCGGAGGACGUCUCCGUUAACCGGUCCCUGAAGGAGCUGCUGCCGGAUACAAGCCGGAGGUACGAGAACAAGGCUGGAGCAUUCAUCACGGGGAUCGAUGUCAACUCCAAGGAGGCGAUCGAGAGGAAGGAGAAGCGAGCCAGACGUUUCCACUUCUGCGCCGAGGAGAGCGUCGCUCAGAGGAACGUCUUUCUAGACAAAGACAUGAUGAAGAAAGCCAUCCCAAGUCUGCGCAUGGAAGCCAUCUACGUGACCGGAGUGGACGAGAUGAGCACACAGGACGUGUUUGGAUACUUUAAGGAGUAUCCUCCUGCUCACAUCGAGUGGAUCGAUGACACCUCCUGUAACGUGGUGUGGCUCGAUGACAACACCUGUAUCAGAGCGCUCUUUAACAGCAGCCGAAUGCCUGACCCCGAGGCGGUUACCACAGAGACUCAAACCGAUGAUCAGUCUGGAAAAGAGAGCAAAGACCGUCGGGGUCAAAGGUCAGACAACGAAGAUGAUGAUGAAGAGGAGGAGGGUGAGGUGGACGAAGACGAGGAAACGGGGAAGAAGAACAGCGAGGGGAAGGACAGCGAGGGAGAGGCGGCACAAGACAGGAAGGUGGAGCCCGAACAGGUGGAUGAUCUGUCGGUGGCUGAGAGAGAAUCUCUGCUGAGGAACGACCUGCGACCCGUAAUCAGACCGUUUAAAGGAAACAAACUAUUCCUGCGCAUUGCUACACAUGAUGAUAAGAAGGAGCUGGGUGCAGCACGGCGCAGCAGAUACUACAUGAAAUAUGGAAACCCAAACUAUGGAGGCAUGAAGGGGAUCCUCAGCAACUCCUGGAAGAGGAGGUUUCACAACCGCAGGAUUCAGAGAGAUGUCAUCAAGACCAAGAAGCCUCUGAUCGGAGACAGCAUGGGACACACACCGCCGUACACACACAGACACUCGGCUGACCUCGUCAACCUGCCCGAGGAGCCAAUCAAGGAGGAGGAGGAGGAAGAGGAGGAGGACGAGGACGAGCACGAGCAGGGUGAAGACAAGGACGAGGACAUGGAGGAGGACGACCGGGUGGUGGAGUACAAAGAGCGGGCGGAGCGGGACAGAGGAGAGCGAGGUGGAGGUGGAUCUAAGCCGCUGGAGGCGGGUCUUCGCAGCAGGGCGGCCCGCUCUCCGUCUCCGUGGUCGGAGUCGGACGAGAUGGACUACGACUUGGAGCUGAAGAUGAUCUCCACGCCAUCGCCAAAGAAGAGCAAGAAGAUGACGAUGUAUGCCGACGAGCUGGACACACACCUGAAAAGCAUCCGGAACAGGAUCGGGGGCUCAGGAUCACAGAGCAGGCCCAAAUCAGCAUCACCUCCUAAGGUGACGGACGUGCGUCAGUUGCUGGAGGAGAAGAGACAAGGCCUUUCUCAGCACAGACAGCCCCCCCCUGUGGCCCCCAGUGGAAAGACAGAUGUCCGGCAGCGUUUGGGGAAAAGACGUUACUCUCCUGACAGACGGCGCUCCCCCUCUCCUGUCUCCCCCAGAGACACGCCCCCGUCCAGAGAGCCAAUCAGAGAUGUACAUCGCAGACUGGGCGCUGUCAGCACAGAGAGCAGAGGCCACUUCUCCACCUCAUCCAAAGACAGAAAGACAGCCCUAUCACUUCCUGUAGGCGGACUCUGGAGCAGACUCGGAUCAGCCGACAACGACACCAGCUCCAGACAUCAGGAGCAAAGGACGACCAGCCGCUCGACAGGUCUCUUCUCCUCCUCCUCCUCUUCCUCCUCCUCGGGACGUAAAAACGCCAGCGAUGCCACCGCCAGCAGCAGCAGUAGGAGGGGACAGGGGGAGGGAGAGGAGGGAGAAGGGGAGGAGGUGGAGGAGGAAGACGAUUCAACGCUGCAGAAGAUGUGGGGCGCCAUGAUCAAACAGAAACAGGAGCGACAGACGCACCAGCUGAAGAAGAGCCGGCUGGACAACCUGCCGUCGCUGCAGAUUGAGAUCAGUCGAGACAGCAGCGAGGACUCGGACGCCUGAGAGGAGCGGCGGAGGAAGAGGAGGAGAGGGAGGGGGUUUCUGUUGAACUCAUUAUUUUCUUUAUGUACAAGAAUUUAAACAAAGACACAAGCAGUCGGAGCGGACUGCACACCUGAGGUCAGCAUGGGAGUGUCUGUGGAUGGAUCACUGGAGGGGUUCACCAGGUACAGGCACAGGCUCAGGGGCUCACAGGCUCAGGAGGCCCUGUAAUGAAAUGACCUGACGUUUCCUGUUAUCAGUUUAAACACAGACUGCACAGAAGAAGUGGGCGGGGCCACCAGCAGGUCACACAUUAUUUUAAAGAAGUCAUUUUGAACCUUUGAGUUCUACGUUUUGGGUGCUGCCAUGCUGAAACCAGAAGUGACCAUAUUUGUACAAGAGGGCGGAGCCAGAGAGGAGUGAGGGGUAAGACUGGAAACUAGAGACUGAGACCAUGAACUCACAAGGAGAAUGUUUACUGAGGGAAUAAAUCGGCUAAAUAGGAGGACCGUCUUCUCACAGACUGAUAUACAAUCAGACUGAUCUGUGCUGCCCCCUGCUGGAGAUUAGAAUAACACAGGUUUAACACUCCUCUUCAUUAACUUCACUUUUAAAACAGCUAAGUCUACUUCUCGUGUGCAGCCUGUGGGUGAAAUCCGAGAUGUUUUGUGAAUGUGAAAACCAAACAUUACCUGCGGUCACGUGUUACAAACUUAACAUCCUGUGUCUGCUCAGUGUUUCGGUUUAGCUGCAGUUUUUCGGACUGAAAGCAGCUCCGGAGAGCCUCGUUCUCCUGCAACACAAACACCAGACAAUCAGAGUUUGAGACAUCCGGGAUGUAACAACGCCUCCAGAGACGAUUAAAGAUCAGUAAGCAGAGGACGGUUCAAAUGAUGUCCCUGUGUCCUGAUACCUGAGCGACCCGACAAGGAGAUUAGUCCUCCUUUUAACAUUUUAUUUUUUAUCCAUAAACAUCAAUCAAUGAACUCGUGGACGAACUCUUGUAAUGUAGGUGUGAUGAGCAGCGUCUCCACACCUGCUCUACAGAGAGAGAGACGUUGAGACAAUGUCUCUUCAAGGGGACGCUAAGACUUCAACAUCUUUUUACUGUUGGUCCUCUUUUCACUCUUUUACCUCUGAUAUCCAAAAGGAGUGUCUUUGUUCCCUUUCAAAAUAAAGCACAUUGUUAUUAGAAUAGAAAAUAAAGUAACCUGGGCAUAAGGCAGUAAAAUAGUCCAAAUAAAAGUGUCACAAAGUGGACGUUUUAAGAGACUUAACAUGAUAUGGGUUGCCUACAUCCUAAAAAUAAGUUGUCUAAAAUAGAGCUCCUUUAGAGCGUCUUAUUUUGUAGCCAUUUAAACGGAAAUUUAAAUUCUGACUUGCAGACACGUCUGAAUGUCAGGAAACUGCUCGCUACCAGGUGACAUCUGUCACCUGAGAUCGUUCACAUCCAGGUAGUAGAGCUACAUUGAGGACACCACAUAUGACUGACAUUUCAGGCCUACAGUAAUAAAAAUAUGAAUUUUUUCAUACCAUCGUGAGUGGUUUCAGUGGUAGCAGGGAGUUGAGUUUGUCGUUACAUCCCUGGGAUGAAAAUCUCGCUCUGCAGGUGACUGGUGUCUCUUCUUGGAGGCCGUUUCAUAAUCCAUCCGUCUGUCUGUCCACGUGUGAGAUGUUUGUGCAGAAUAAAACAGCCAAAAGAAACGUGUAAAUGUUUGUAAGUUCUCACCAAACUCUCCCCUGACAGCCAAUUGGAUCUCUCCUCUCCCCCGCUCUCUGUGACAUCAUUUCCUACAGUAACAGGAAGUUCAAACUCUGUCUCGUAAAUACAGUGUUGCCCAUUAAAAACUCUACACGCCUCAACGGGACCUGAAACAAACUCUGUCCAUAAAUUUGAGGUUUUCUCGCGUUGUGUUUUUUAGACUUUCUCUGUUUCUGUUUGUGUUUCUAUGAGAGCAGAGACUCACAGGGUGACCUGUGUGAGGAUUCUUGUCUGCUGAUAAAAUCUGACAUUUUUUAAUCUGGGAAACUCCUGCUGUUUGUUUGAGUCACAUCGUUUAUGUUUUUUCAUUUUUUUUAAUGAAACUGUCGGGGCCAUGGCGACGUCAUGCUGUGUGAUGUCAUCAAUCAGGUGACAUCAAUGAAUUUAGAUAAAUAUUAAAAAGUCAGUUUAUGCUUCAUUUUA